AUGACUAAUUUCUGCAACUCAGUGAGGAGGAAGGUAAGCGCGGAUACGGGCAAACCCAAGGUUCCCCACAAACUCAAUGUCCAUUACACAAAGGGUAGGAAGUUCGUCUAUCCGGCUGUCGUCAAGAGGCAUAGCAGAGCAGUCAUUGGGUACAACACCGAUGGCACAAUAGACACACCUUCCCGUGUCCUCUCCGCGUCUACAGACCUACCACUGCUCAUGGGAAGUGCCACACAAAUCCACGACAAGAACCAAGAAGCUGUGCCAUUCCGCGCCAAACCCCGAACGGUUCUCAGCCACGGUGGUGCAUCCGCUCUUCCCGAACGGUUGGUUCUCUACAUGACCACGGCCCUGCGUAAACUGCAGUAUUUACUGGGUUCGGUAGGCGUUUGGUCGGCCCCAGGAGGCAGCUAA